AUGAUAUUCCUUGAGUACUUCAAAAGACAUCUGAGCAAGACAGUCACAAUUGUGCUUAAAAAUGAAAUGAAAAUUACGGGAAUACUCAAUAACGUAGACCACUUUCUGAAUUUACAGGUUACAGCUGCAAAAAUAGAACACGAUGGGAUGGGACUGCAGAAAUUAGAUUUAUGCUCAAUUCGAGGAUCGUCUGUAAAGUUUGUGGAAUUAGAAAAGAACGAAGAUCUUGAAAGGAGGGUUUCCGAGGCUACUCUUUUGAGGUUUAGUUUUGACAAGUGA